UUAAGUUGAGUCAGCACGCUGCGCUGAUCAAUAAUAUAUGUACAUACAUAUAUAGCAGGUUAGCAAGGCAUUAUAUCCGAUGCCAAAAUGGGUAUGUUUAAGUACUAGCUGAGUAUCUGCAGAAAAAACAACAGUGUCGCAAUAUUUGUGUUAUUUGCUUUCUCGAACAUCCCCUACCUGUUAUAAUUGAUGUAAAACAGGGUUGUUGUUUUGUGUCUUCCGACCGCCUUAAACUUAGACUUAUCGAGGUUUCACUUUACUUUAAGUUACCAGGCAACAAAGUGAACCGUUUCUUUGGUUUCAAAUAAAUUUAUUGACUUAACCCAACAACUUCUUCGAAACGAUAAAUUUAGAAUGCUUUGGCAACAAAUUAAUUGAAAGUAUUCAAAUCAAGCUUUCAAAUAGUGAGUCUGUGUCAACGCUUUAUAUUUUGUAGAAAAUUUUUGAUACUUGCAAAACAAGCAAACAUUUGCUUUUUAUCUUAAUCCAUCAUAUUUACACUGAAGAAGUAUACUUUUUGAACCGAAAUAAAAAAAUUCAGCAGAUUAUGUCGCUUGUCUAUAUAACGCGUCACUAUGAGAAUAUCAAAAACAUCGAAAGCACCGCCGAAUAUUAUCAAUUCAUGAAGGGCAACUCUACGAUAAAACCUAGACGGUCCUGUAGAAAAAAGGACAAGUCCAGAGCUGUUGUAAAAUUGUCAGAUGGUAAGAGGUUAUUGACCGAUUCUGAGAAGAGUGAGCACAAAACAAUGGGCUACAGUGCGACACCGUUACGUGAACCAUGCGAAUUCCUGCGCAAAAAUGGUGGCGUCAAGUGGCAAAGAAAACGCGAUCACACUUGUCCUAAACGAGAUGAGCCUGUACUGCCGGUGCCACGCUUGGAAGAUCUGAAGAAAGAGAAACGAGACAAGGAGAAGAAAAAAGUUAAUUUUAUUAAGAAGAACGCGCAAUGCAUUAAAAAUGCGCCAGCCAAAUGGCAUCCACCGAAGUAUAUUGACUUCCAUACAGGCACGCCACGUAAAUUGAAAAAUUCCGGACUAGUUCCACAAUAUGUUUGUUCGGAAGCAUAUGGCAAAGUGCCUUGUUACUUGCGUUUGUAUAAAAAGCUAGUGACGGAUAAACCCGAAAUAUGUAAGAUUGAACAAGUGCAGCUAGCAGAGCGUUGCAAGUUCAAGGAUGCCAGUAUUCGUCAGUUACCAUUGGAGGAGAGAGAUAACAUUUUGAAGGGUCUUAAGCAGCAUUUUAAUAAUGUCUUCAAAGCUUACCAAGCGGGUUCUUUGUUAAUUGACACAAUUUCGAAGCGUUUAAGGAAAUCGAAUUUGGAAAAAGAAUUACGGCAAUUGGAACACGACAUUUUUCUUCUAGAAUCUAAUCCAAUCAUAUAUGUAUCUGAAUAUUAAUCGUCAAUAAAAUGCCCCAACUGUCCAAUUUCUACA